UCAUAUUCUUCCAAUUCAAACGAUGCCUACUCUGCUUAGAAUAUUGCGACCUCCACGCUCUCCGUUUACUCGAUGUUUGGCAACUUUCGCCACACCUUCAUCUUCGGGCUCUUCAUCCCGGUCAAAGUUUACUGAAUCUCUAGAAACUGGUCCAGGCCUUGACGAUUUUAUAUCUGAGGAGGUCCCGGAUCGCGUCGUUUUAGGGAAUACUAAAGGCCCACGACUACCCUCAUAUCUCAAAACGUCAAUACCCUCUGGAGCUUCAUUCAACAAGAUUAAAAAGGAUUUACGAGGUCUGGGACUACACACAGUGUGUGAAGAGGCCCGCUGCCCUAACAUUGGUGAUUGUUGGGGUGGUAAGCCUGGUGCUACAGAAGCUGAAGGCCGAAGUGCUGCCACUGCCACCAUAAUGUUGAUGGGUGAUACUUGCACCCGCGGCUGCAGAUUCUGCUCGGUCAAGACUUCCCGAACACCGCCUCCCUUAGAUCCACAUGAGCCAGAAAACACGGCCGAGGCUAUAAGCAGAUGGGGUUUGGGUUAUAUCGUUUUGACGAGUGUGGACCGCGAUGACCUUCUGGAUGGAGGUGCUCACCACUUUGCGGAGACCAUCAGGAAAAUCAAAUACAAGGCUCCACAAAUACUCGUUGAGGCGCUGACAGGGGAUUUCGCAGGUUCCCUUGAUCAUGUUUCCAUCGUUGCUCAAUCAGGGCUCGAUGUUUACGCACAUAACAUCGAAACCGUCGAAGAGCUCACUCCAUUUGUUCGCGAUCGACGGGCGACAUUUCGUCAGAGCCUCAAGGUGCUAGAACACGCAAAGAAGAGUGGUGUACGAAUAACCAAGACAAGUAUAAUGCUCGGUGUCGGUGAAACAAAAGAACAGGUUUUAGCUGCGCUGAAAGAGCUCCGAAAGAUCGAUGUGGAUGUCGUCACCUUUGGCCAAUACAUGCGGCCAACGAAACGACAUAUGAAAGUUGAUCGGUAUGUGGAACCCGCAGAAUUUGACAACUGGAAGGAAGUAGCGGAAAAUCUUGGUUUCCUAUAUGUCGCUAGUGGACCUCUGGUUCGCAGCAGCUAUAAAGCUGGUGAAUUUUACAUCGAAAAUGUUCUUCGAGGGAAAAAUAAGGCAAUUGGGGGCUUGGGCAUCUCUCAACUUGAAGGUUCAGAGAAAGGUUCCAUGACGGGAAUAGACAGAUAGACCUCCGUUCAACACAAUUACAAUCCUUAGAAUUUAUAAUUAGAAGUAAUCCAUCACAGUAUUG